GUGUAUUUAAGCGGUUAUUGUUCUUUUUUCUGCUUAGUCCAGAAUUUUUUUGUAAAUAUGUUGCAACUCUUAACUCAUCUUUUAUCUUACAAAGAUUUAUUGAUUAACCAACAAAAUUAUAUUUUUGAACUUCUUUAGCUUUUUUCAAAAAAUCAAAAACCGGGAAAUUUAAUGAAGUAUGUCAAGCUCAAUUGAAACUUUUAAAAAAAUACCAAAAAUGGUAAUUUUUGACUUAGAUUAUACUUUAUGGCCAUUUUGGGUUGAUACACAUGUGGAUCCUCCAUUUCAUAAAAAUUCAUCUGGAAAAAUAGAAGAUAAAAGAGGACAAAUAAUAAAAUGUUAUCCAGAAUCUUCAAAAGUAUUAGAAUUUUUAUCAUUAAAUAAAAUUAGUAUAAGUAUUGCAUCAAGAACUGGCGAAGUAGAUGGAGCUGAGCAACUAUUAAAGUUAUUUGGUUGGAAUAAAUUUAUUCAAAAUAAACAAAUAUAUCCUGGAAGUAAAGUUACUCACAUUAAAAGAAUAAGUAAAGCUACCAAUGUAGACUUAGAAGACAUGGUAUUUUUUGAUGAUGAGCACCGGAAUAUUGUUGAUUUGGAGCGCCUUGGAAUGGUUUGUGUUUUAGUUAAAAAAGGAAUAACUAUGAAUGUUUUAAUGGAUGGUCUGAAAAAAUUUGAUUCUUUAAGAAAAUAAUUUAGUGUUAUAAAUUUGCUUUUUCUUUUAAAAUAUUUAUCUUAAAUGUAUGAAUAUUUUUAAAGUAAUUGACCUAAGACCGUAUAUUGCAUGCAUAUUUUUUGUGUUAUUUGGGGUUGAUAAAUUGUAGCUACAGCUUUACUUAUAGGGUGAUUUUUUAUCAUAAACCACACUCUUAA